ACAAACUCUUUUAUCAUCUGUUUUUAUAUCAUAUAUCCACAUAUCGAUUUUCUUUCUCCACAGUCGGACGACGAUCUCAAAAAGAAACCCUAAUAAAUAUUGAAAAAGUUUGGAAACAUGGAUCCGGAGGAUGUGGAGAUUGCAAAAAUACAGGAAGAAAGGAAAAAAAUGGCGGCUUUGGCCCCGAACUCUAUUACUUUCGACACGGAUCUGUAUGAUGGAAACAAUCGGUUUGAGGAUUAUAACAGGGAGAUUCCUGCUAAUGAUGAUGAAGAGAAUGCCGAUGCUAUGGAUAAUGAGGUUGCCAGGAAACUAGCUUCUUAUACUGCUCCGAGAUCUUUGUUGAAUGAUAUGUUGCCCCGUGGCGAGGAUGACGAGUCUUUAGGGAAUAAAAAGUCGCAGAGGAUUAUUGACAGGGAAGACGAUUAUCGUAGGAGGAGGUUGAAUCAGGUUAUUUCUCCGGAAAGGCAUGAUGCUUUUGCCAGCGGUGAUAAGACUCCCAAGCCUGAAACGAGGUCUUAUGCUGAUAUCAUGAAGGAGGAAGCUUUGAAAAGAGAGAAACAGGAGACAUUGAAAAUUAUUGCCCAACGGAAAAAGGAAGAGGAAGAGAAUAAGGCUGCUGGGAAAGAAAAAGAACCCGGUGCACAACCGGCUCAGAAAAGGAGGAACAGAUGGGAUCAGUCUCAGGAUAAUGAAUCCGGUGGUGGGAAGAAAGCCAAGACCACGGCUAGUUCUGAUUGGGAUGCGCCAGACUCGACUCCAGGGAUUGGGAGAUGGGAUGCUACCCCUACCCCAGGGAGGAUUGGUGAUGCAACUCCUUCCUUGUCCAGAAAGAACCGGUGGGAUGAAACUCCGACACCGGGUCGGUUGGCUGAUUCUGAUGCUACCCCAGCUGCCGGUGGAGUUACGCCAGGUGCUACUCCAGCUGGUAUGGCAUGGGACGCCACACCCAAGCUGUCUGGUAUGGCUACCCCCACGCCUAAACGGCAGAGAUCAAGAUGGGAUGAGACGCCAGCAACUAUGGCAGGUGCUACACCAAGCAUGGCUACACCUAUAGCAUCUGGUGUUACCCCUUAUGGUGCGGCUGAACUUGCCACUCCGACCCCAAGUGCUAUAAAUAUGCGUGGUGCCUUCACACCAGAGCAGUAUAAUUUGCUUAGAUGGGAGAAAGACAUUGAAGACAGGAAUCGCCCGUUGACAGAUGAAGAACUUGAUACGAUGUUUCCUCAAGAAGGGUACAAGAUUUUGGAACCGCCACCCUCUUAUGUUCCAAUUAGAACUCCUGCAAGGAAGCUUCUUGCUACCCCAACACCUUUAGGCACACCUCUGUAUUCAAUUCCUGAAGAAAAUAGGGGUCAGCAGUUUGAUGUUCCAAAAGAGAUGCCUGGUGGGUUGCCAUUUAUGAAGCCAGAAGAUUACCAAUACUUUGGUGCCUUGUUGAACGAAGACGAAGAAGAAGAAUUGUCUCCUGAUGAGCAAAAGGAGAGGAAAAUUAUGAAGUUGCUGCUUAAGGUUAAGAAUGGUACUCCUCCACAGAGGAAAACAGCUUUGAGGCAGCUUACAGAUAAGGCUCGUGAAUUUGGUGCUGGCCCGCUGUUCAAUCGUAUCCUUCCAUUGCUUAUGCAGCCAACUCUGGAGGAUCAAGAGAGACACUUGUUGGUAAAGGUCAUCGAUAGGGUGCUUUACAAGUUAGAUGAGCUCGUUCGACCUUAUGUGCACAAGAUUCUGGUUGUCAUAGAACCUCUGCUGAUUGAUGAAGACUAUUAUGCUCGUGUGGAGGGAAGAGAAAUCAUAUCCAAUCUCAGCAAGGCUGCUGGAUUAGCAACUAUGAUUGCUGCAAUGCGUCCGGAUAUUGAUAACAUUGAUGAAUAUGUAAGGAACACCACUGCGAGAGCUUUCAGUGUUGUUGCAUCAGCACUCGGGAUCCCUGCCCUGUUACCUUUCUUGAAAGCCGUAUGUCAGAGUAAGAAAUCAUGGCAAGCAAGGCAUACAGGUAUUAAAAUUGUUCAACAGAUUGCUAUUCUGAUUGGGUGUGCAGUUCUUCCCCACCUAAGGUCUCUUGUGGAGAUCAUAGAACAUGGUCUCAACGAUGAAAAUCAAAAAGUCAGAACAAUCACUGCCCUCUCAUUGGCUGCACUUGCUGAAGCUGCUGCCCCAUAUGGUAUCGAGAGCUUUGACUCUGUUCUCAAGCCGUUGUGGAAGGGUAUUCGGUCUCACCGUGGCAAGGUCUUAGCUGCUUUCUUGAAGGCAAUUGGGUUUAUCAUUCCUCUUAUGGAUGCCAUAUAUGCCAGCUACUAUACCAAGGAAGUGAUGGUUAUACUGAUCCGCGAGUUUCAAUCUCCAGAUGAAGAAAUGAAGAAAAUUGUGCUUAAAGUGGUGAAGCAGUGCGUGAGUACUGAAGGUGUUGAGGCAGAUUACAUUCGCAGUGAUAUUCUUCCAGAGUUUUUCAGGAACUUUUGGGUCAGAAGGAUGGCUUUGGAUCGCAGAAACUAUAAGCAGCUUGUUGAGACAACAGUUGAGAUUGCAAAUAAAGUAGGUGUUCCCGACAUUGUUGCUAGAAUAGUUGAAGAUUUGAAAGAUGAAAGUGAGCCUUACAGGAGAAUGGUUAUGGAAACAAUUGAGAAAGUUGUGGCCAAUCUUGGUGCAUCUGAUAUCGAUGCUCGUUUAGAAGAGCUUCUCAUUGAUGGUAUCCUGUAUGCCUUCCAAGAACAAACUAGUGAUGAUGCCAAUGUGAUGCUUAAUGGGUUUGGUGCAGUUGUUAAUUCUCUUGGACAGAGAGUAAAGCCAUAUCUCCCUCAGAUUUGUGGUACUAUAAAGUGGCGCCUGAACAACAAAAGUGCAAAAGUGAGGCAGCAGGCUGCAGAUCUGAUUUCAAGGAUCGCUGUCGUGAUGAAACAAUGCCAAGAAGAACAAUUGAUGGGGCAUCUUGGGGUUGUCUUGUACGAGUAUUUAGGAGAAGAGUAUCCUGAAGUUUUGGGAUCGAUAUUGGGUGCUCUCAAAGCGAUUGUGAAUGUCAUUGGUAUGACGAAGAUGACUCCACCAAUAAAAGACUUGCUCCCACGUUUAACCCCAAUUUUGAAGAAUCGUCAUGAGAAGGUUCAGGAGAACUGUAUCGAUCUUGUGGGUCGUAUUGCUGAUCGUGGUGCAGAGUUUGUUCCUGCACGGGAAUGGAUGAGGAUCUGCUUUGAGCUUCUCGAGAUGCUAAAGGCCCACAAGAAGGGUAUUCGUCGAGCUACUGUGAACACAUUCGGGUACAUUGCUAAAGCUAUUGGACCUCAAGAUGUGCUGGCUACCCUUUUAAACAAUCUCAAGGUGCAAGAGCGACAGAACCGUGUGUGCACCACUGUUGCCAUUGCAAUCGUUGCAGAAACUUGCUCACCAUUCACGGUUUUGCCUGCCUUGAUGAAUGAGUAUCGUGUACCUGAGUUAAAUGUGCAAAAUGGGGUGCUUAAAUCUUUAUCCUUUCUUUUUGAGUACAUCGGAGAGAUGGGUAAAGACUACAUUUAUGCUGUGACUCCCCUAUUGGAGGAUGCUUUAAUGGACAGGGACCUGGUUCAUAGGCAAACUGCAGCUUCUGCAGUGAAACAUAUGGCUCUAGGGGUGGCGGGCUUGGGCUGUGAGGAUGCUUUGAUCCACUUGCUGAACUAUGUGUGGCCCAACAUUUUUGAGACAUCACCACAUGUUAUAAAUGCUGUGAUGGAAGCUAUUGAGGGCAUGAGGGUUGCAUUGGGGCCAGCUGUUGUGCUAAAUUAUUGUCUACAGGGCCUGUUUCAUCCUGCAAGGAAGGUUCGGGAAGUGUACUGGAAAAUUUACAACUCGCUUUACAUCGGUGCCCAGGAUGCUCUUGUGGCUGCUUACCCCAUGCUGGAGGAUGAAGGAGAGAACGUUUACAGCAGACCUGAGUUGACUAUGUUUGUCUGAGGAAAGGUACAUAGUGCAUGGGGUGCACGUGGAUCAGCAAUCAGCUUGUCAUGGUGAUCAAGAGGUAAUUCAAAUCUCAAAUAUGACCCAAAGAUCAAUGAGCAGUACAAGACUAAAAGUUAUUCCAUGGGUCAUUGUUUUAAUUAAUUUUAUGUUGUUGUAUGGUGUCUUAAAUGUGACGCGACCUGCUGAUCUGGACGGAGUCUACUACUUCCUUACAUUGAGUGAAAAUACGGUUGCAGUAGUGAAACUCUUUCUAUCUUAUUAAGUUACCAUAUUUUUAUUUUUGUUUUCACCGAGAUAAGACUGAUAUUUGCAUCAUUCCUUUGAAGCUAACUUUCUUAGAAGUGGAGUACCUGCAAUAACUAAUCAUCAAGUAGCUGGGGUUAUAUCUUGUGUCCUGAAAGCUAGGGUUUCUUGGUUAUCGUCUCUAUUGAUCUUAGAAGUCAAAAAUGUCUUUUUUGUGUGUUGAUGCUUGUGCUUCUUUUACAGAUGAGAACUUCAUAUCUGUGUUCCAUAUAUCUAUUUUGAUAUUUGGUUAAAAUCAUGCAACGGCCAUUGAUUUCAUUUAUCUGGGGCAACAAGGAACUGAAGGGUAUCAUGUCUUGGGUCGUUUUAAGUCCAGUUGAGGGGAGAUUGGUUGGUAUUGUUUGUAACUGUUUUUAGUUGUCCUUUAACUAGAAGCUCCGAGUUUAAUUCUCAGGUGAACCUCUUUCUAGUUUACAUAUGGCUGUACUUAUUGAUGGCAAUAGGCUAUAACACUGCAGCCUUCACAUUAAUUAUGCUUGAAGAUACAAUUAGUUAUAUGCUGAUGCAAGAAUGUGUAUUCGAAGUA